AUGAAGCUCUUACCCUCCCUUAUACUCCUUAGUCUUUCUGCCCAAGCACUUGCAAGCCCUUAUAUCAAUCACUAUACUACUAAGGACCAGCGUGAUCUCUCUACUUAUAAAUCUGUUAUCCAGAAUAUCCUCACGACUGUGGUCAAGUUUGGCCAGGAUAUUGUGCUAAAUACCUCACAUCUUAAUAAUGACUUUGAUAAUAUUAUUGAUGCUAUAGCCCAAGGGACUAAGACACUCGAACCUGAGGCUCCCCUUAACUACUUUCAAGCUGGUGUCCUUCUUAUCCCUAUUAUACCAGUAAACAAAGCGAUCCAUAUGGCUCUUCAAAGUCUUAUCAAUAGGAGGGAUAUUCUUGUUGCUGCUGGUCUUAAAUCUAUACUUAUACAAGAUCUUCAGAAAGUGAAGGAUGUUGUCGUACCAUUUAGUAAAAUUCUCCUUAAGAAGGUUCCCAAUCUAUAUAUCAACAGGUACACACAGUCCUACACUGAGAUCAUUGACGACAUCACUGAAGCUAUUAAUGUUUAUAGUAAAGUUGUUGGCGCCACAAGCCAUAAUACUUGA